AUGAGCGGAGAGGAUGGCAGCGGCGAGGGCGAGGGCAAGGGUGCAGUGGGGAGGCGAUUAGGGGGAGAUCGGAUGGAGAUGGUGGAGCAGGAUUCGUUCGAGUUGCAGUCGACGGCCGUGGCGCCUCGGGAUGGUGCUCGAGCUGAGGUUGCGGCGGCAACGUCGGACCCACGCGCGGACCCGGAAUCGCAGGUCAAGGUUCACGAGCCCCGAGAUCCGGUCGCUGCCAGCCACCUUGUCUUUGGCCGAUACCCGCGUGCCUGCCUGUACAUCAUCGGCCAAGAGUUUUCUGAGCGAGCAACGUACUAUGGCCUUCGCACGAUUCUGGUUCUGUACCUGGUCAACUACUUUGGCUACACCAACGAUCGCGCCACUGUGUGGUACCAUGUCUUUGUCAUGGUCAGCUACCUUACUUCCAUUCUCGGAGGCAUCCUGGCCGACUCCUCCUGGGGCAAAUACAAAACCAUCUUCUGGCUGUCCAUCGUCUACCUCAUCGGCUCAAGCUUGCUCUCCUUCACCUCUGUCAACCACCUGACCGGAUCGCCACCGAGCCCCUGGGGCGCCUUUUUGUGUCCGUCUCUUUCGCGAGCCUCUUCCCGAUUUCAUCCAUUCCUACACCCCAUGUCCUUGGCCUUUUGCUGCCUUUUUCACUCACCUCUGCUUGUGUGCUUGCCAUAUCCUGAUGCGCAUGUGUGUGUGUGUGUGUGUAUGUGGACAACGUUGACUAUACCGACGUCAGCACUGGCUUUCAUUGCUUUGGGUACGGGUGGCAUCAAGCCCUGUGUCAGCGCCUUUGGUGGUGAUCAGUUUACAGCCAGCCAGAGCGGCCUGAUUCAGGCGUUUGGCGUGCCUGCGGCCCUGAUGGCUGUCGCACUUGUUGUAUUUGUGGCUGGGCGGCACCUUUACCGCUAUACCUUUCCCACUCGAAACGUGCUCGUGGACUGCAGCAAGGCCAUUUGGAUGGGUCUGCGCACCAAGCUGCGUGGUACCCCCAAUGGCAUUCAGUACUCACACUGGCUUGAACCAGCGGAGAAGCGCUUUGGCCAAGCCUUCAUCCGCGAAGUCCGCGUGGUUUUGGGCGUCUUUGUCCUUUUCACCCCGGCUCCAAUUUUCUGGGCACUCUUUGAUCAGCAAGGUUCUCGCUGGACGCUGCAAGCCGAACAAAUGAAAACAUUUAGCAUGGGUGCCCUGGGCGAAUUUCGCCCCGACAUGAUGCAAGCCCUAGGGCCGCUCCUCGUGAUGCUCAUGAUUCCACUGUUUGAGCGCGGUGUCUAUCCGCUUCUGGCGCUGCUUCGCAUUCGCCUCACGCCAUUGCAACGCAUGGGCUAUGGCAUGAUUCUCUGCGCCCUCUCCUUUGUCAUUUCAGGCCUGGUACAGGGGGCCAUCGACCGUGACCUGCGGGCCGGAAUCCCCACCCACAACCAGGCAUACCUUCGCGUUCUCAAUGCCCAGUCUGAGCAGAUUUGGGCGACCUACAGUGACGCUGAUUUAACCUUCAACACCUCCCUGCUCCCAGGCAAUGCCUCGGCAUAUUAUGACUUUGACGUGUCGGACACAAACCGCAAUGUUACCUUUGAGCUGCAUCGCAGCUCCCCGCCGUCGACGCUCAGCACGACGUGGAUGCUGCAAGCCAAGGCCAAACAGAGUUUGGUGGUUUAUCGCACUGUGGGCGGUGGACUCGAUACCUUUGCCACUGAUGAUUAUGUUCCCCGCGACGCUGACACGGUGAACCCAGAUGAGGCGCGUGUUCGCAUCAUCAACGCUUGCCCAGAUUGCUACCUCAUUUACUACAGCCCCGAUGAGACAAACAACGUGGUAGCGGCUCGUAGCGCCAGCAGCUAUGACGGCGGCGUGUUUACCGCAGGGCGCCUCGAAUUCAUCAUGAUGGCCAUGCCGUCCGUGCCCAAUUCCACCCUCUCCUCAACUCCGGCUCCAACCACGACAACGACCCUUGCAUCCACUACCGUCGAUCCCAAUGCCAGUACGGUUUCACCAGUCGACACCAUCACCGUGGCUUUUGUGGCUCAGGGCGGUGGCGACUACAGUCUGCUGUACACGCCGCAGACAGCUUCGAGCCUCCAGGGUACAGUCUCCGUGACAGAAGACAAGUCUGGCAAUGGUGUGAGCAUCUUGUGGCAGGCGCCGCAGUACAUUGUCAUCACUGCGGGUGAGAUUUUGUUCUCCGUGACUGGUCUGGAAAUGGCCUUCUCUGAAGCGCCAGCCUCCAUGAAGGCUGUGGUGCAGGCCGGUUGGCUGCUGACCACCACCCUGGGCUCGCUCAUUGUCAUCAUUGUGGCGGAGUCUUCCUUCUUCCGGCAGCGCGAUGAGUUUUUCUUCUUUGCUGGCUGCAUGGGCGCUGUGACAAUCUUGUUUGCUUGGUUGGCACGGGACUACCGAUACAACAACAGCCGAUACUUGGCCAUUGCCCACGAUUUACAAACAGAUGACACGGGCCAGGAGAAGCCGCUGCUCACAGACAGUCGCCGUGCAUCGCCUCUCACUUCGCAACCGGAAAGCGACUCGGAGCGAGCGCUUGAUGGUCUGGAUGACACCAGUUUUGCUUAA